GCACUUUCGAACACCGCAACCUGAUAGGCGGGCGGGAAUUCCCUGCAACCUCCAAUAGCCUUCCCGGCCUACUCUCCCUUCCCGGACAAAGGACCGAACCGCGGUUGUUUCCAUGGAGAUUUCGAACGCCUUCGCGUCACGCCCUCCUUUCCCAGAUCAGGGCUCGUUUGUGGACGAGAGUUUCGCGCGCUCCCAGAACGCUCCCCCCCCCAACCCCCUGAGUAAAGGGGUUUUAAGGGCGCAGCCCCCCCCCCCAAAGAGGCCACUGGGUGGGCAGGCGCGCCCGCUGCCGCCAUUUUGGCCGUGAAAGCGGCGAGACGGGAGGGAAGGAAGGAAGCGGGGCCGAGGCGGCUUUCGCAGGGGACAUGGCGCGCGAGGCUGCUCAGUACACGGUCAGAAACGCGGUCGCCGCGCAGGUGGACGGGCAAAUGUGGUCCUGGCGAUCCGGUGCGUCAGUGAUCGACGUGCUGCUGCCUCGCCGCCGGCCCUUCUUCGUAAGUGCGAGGGGCGCCUUCAGCCUCCCGAAGUCCCAUCUUGGUCCGACCUUUCCCUCGUGUCCCUGAGUAGCGAGCGAGAAGCUGAAGCUGUUUUCCGUUGGAGAAUCCGGUGGAUCCUGGACCUUCUGCGCCCAAAACGUGGUCUCUCUCGCUCUCUUUCAUCAAGCUUACGGCCCUGCUCGUCUUAGCAGCCCUCCACCCCACCCCCGCAUAUUACACAGCACUCAAUGGUGAUAGUAGAGGGAGAGGAAACCUCAUUUUCCCAGUGACAAAAUAUUAAGGAGGAAAUGUCAUUUUUUUGAAAAACCAUACAGGCAGGGGAGUGCGAGUGGAGCAAAUGCCAUAACAGAUGUAUUGUACAGCAAAUGACUUAGGAAGGCCCUCAGGGACACAGAGAUGCUUCCAUAGCACUCAACAUAGCACUCAAUCUGACUUCAUGUUCAGGAGUGAUACCUGUCACUCCUUAUUUUCCUAAUAAGCUUGUGAAAUUGGUCCCUGCCUUUCGCAGUGUAGAUGUGGAAUUGAUGUAGAGACACUGAUUUGCACAAGACCCCCACCACCAGUGACAGCAGUUGGGUGUACAUUAGGUCAGCAAAGCACAGGAAGUAUUACUGAGAACAUGUCUCCCCACCGCCACCUAGUCCGUUGGCAGAGUAGUGUUGGUACAAUGACAAGUCCCACUUGCGGCAAUUAAUAAUAAUAAAUAAUAAUAAUAAUAAUAAUGACUAUUAUUACUACUACUACACCCCCCCUCUUAUAACACAUCUCAUGCAAGAGGCUGAUCUCUCAGAACCAUCUCCAACCCAUCAUUCAGUUGUGGAUAAACUUACUUGACUAGGAGAAGAUAAAGGAUAGUAGCAGGAUAUUGAACUUCAAAAUCAAAUGACCACAUGUUUCAGGUUAUUUUCCAAAGCAGAACCAGAUGACCGAGCUCCACAAUUAACCCACUGCCCUGACCUGCAGAACUUUUUACUAUCUUCCUGGUCAUCAGAUCUAUUAUUUAAUGUGCAGAGAGGUUUCAAUAGUGUCCUUUCUCAGUUGAGCUGCAUGGAUUGGCUGGGGCUGUCUGUUAGUAUAAUGUGUGUGUGCAUGCUAGAGUAUGUGUACAAGACUAUGGGGUGGCUACAUCUACUUUUCAUGACACCCACCACUGGCCAACAGCCAGAGGGUUAGCCAAGGGUAAAUUCAGCUCCUAUGGGAAAAUAAAGAUUAGCCACUCCUGUCCUAAGAAAAACAGUUUACCCACUACAGCUACUGGCUUGUGAAUGCAGCAAAGAUUACCCAACCUACCUGAAACAGUAGACCCAAUAAUGUCCUCUUCCAUAGAGUUGUCUGGUUCAGUUGAACAGCCAUCAACAUAAGCAUUAAGAAUUGUCAAGCGACAUUUUUCUGAAAUUGCUUCAGCAGCAAAAAGCCCUCAAGUAGCUGACCUUGUGUUCUCUUAUUGCUUACCCUCCAUCUUUUCUCUCAAGAAGGUACAAGUCCUGGAUAGAAUGUUUGGGGUGACUGGAGGGUGGAUAUUUCUGCUCUAGCACCCGCUCCCCAGGUUUUCACCAUUUUAAGCCCAGUAGAAUGGAAGUUACAGCAGAAAAGCUUUUCCAUCAAGUUCUGCUGUUACUGUUUGCACAGUUGGUUGCUGUUUUGAUUUUCCAAAUGUAAGGCACAGGCUGCUUGCUUGUUAAUAAUAAUUUUAUGCAGAGGGAGCUGUGUAAUUAACUGACAGCCUUGUUUUCAGUUACAGGAAAUUGUGUUCAGGAAUUAUUACACAGCUUUCUUGACUGUGCGGAUGCAGCAACAAAACUUCACAAACAAGGGAAGGAAAAGCCGCUCCAGCUGGGUCACCUGCUUACGUAAUUAUUGCCUGAUGCCCAACCCACACACAGAGGAAGGCUCCCAGGAUUACUUCUGUUUCUCUAGGAAUCAGGUUAGGAUAACCAGGCUCCACUGGGAGCUGGAGGUGAAAGGCCAGUGUAUUGCUUCCUUUCUAUUCAUUUAUAAACAGCUCACUUGGCAGACUGCAGUCUUUUUCUCUAGGGAGCAAUCUCUGUGGUAACUGAUAUUGCACUUGAAAUGCAAGAUCUAAAAUCUGACGAAGCUCUCUUUUCAAGACAGUGCUUUUACAGGAGGAUGCCUCAGCUGUGGCUGUUACAGAGGUGGAGCAGUUGGGAGCACGUGCUCAUUGCAAAGUGCAAAGUUGAGCCCCUAGAGCACUAUUUACCAAGCAGCUUUUAUUCUGAACCUGUGUUCCUUUGUACUUUCACUACAGCUGGCUCUCGUUCCCCACACUUAUAGGAACUGUACGUUAAACAUCCUCAAAAAAGUACCAGUUUAAUUAUUAAUAUGGGAUAAGUGCAAUGUUUAUGUCCAGAUUUCCCACUCCCCUCCCGCACACUACUUAGUAGAUGGGGACUGCCAGUGCCAUUAGUAGCUACUCCUACAUCCCCUUUAGCUUUAAGAAAAACUUCUGAGGGAAUGGUGAAGACACAACUUACAGCAAGAGCUUCUCCCUUGAAAAUGUUUUCCAGUUCUAUUCUUGAACAAUAUAUUGUCCAUUAAUGCCAACCAUAUUAGGCCAGGUGGUUUCUGAUACAGCUCUUAGGACUAUGCACUAGUCAACUGAAGGCUUAUCCAUGCAUCUAUUUAUUUAUGAAGUGAUUCUUACUGCACCCCAGCAUAAGUGCUCUUAGGGCAGCUAAUAAAGCCAGACAUUCUCUCCAUCCUCACAACAGCCCUGUGAUGUAGAGGAUGCUGAGAAAUAGUCAUUCUUCCAAGGUAACCCAGUGAGUCUCAUGGCUGAAUACAGAUUUGAACAGUCCCAGUCCAGCACUCUUACCACUUCAUAAAUGGACCGAAGGAACUCCAGCACCUGCAAUGACUCAAUACGUUAGUCUUGUUUCAAGUGUCUUGUCAGCAGUUGUUGCAGGUGUUCAUUUUUUUAACAGCGUACAUUAAUUCUUUUAGAUGCUUUGCAGUGUGGAUCGGGCGAUUGCCAUGCGGUUGAUUCUGCGCCAGCCUUCUCCAACAUGGCUGCGUUUCAGUAUUGAAGAGCUACAGCUCUGCCCUGGAGACCAAGAGGUGUGUACAUUGCCAUCUCCUUCAGGCACUCUUUCCCAGAUCCACAGGGCCAGUGUUCCCUGUGUCUUACGACAAAUGAACUAACAGCAGAGGCUGGGACUAAAUAUAACAUUCUUCAGAGGGAGCCAAGAUGGUUAGCUGAUGUUAGUCUCUCUCUGCAACACCUAGAUCCCUAGCUGUGAUCCAUGGUUGCCAGGCCAACUCUCUCUCUUACCCACACUGGAUGGCAUCAGCAAAGAUUUGCAGUGGCAUCAGAAACAUCAAGCAGCUACGUCAGAGCACCCAGCAAUACCACUUCUAUGUAUUUGUGAUACUAGGAAAGACAAGAAAGCAGUAUGGAGGUAUGUGUCUGCCUGCCUGCGAGUGGAAACUUAUAGAUUUCCUGCAUCAGAAGGAAGCUGGAUUUGUUGGCAUCUGAGGUCCCUUCCAACUCUGUGAUUCUACGAAAUCAUUUCCAAAGUAGCCCUCAUUGGUCUUAGGGGCACAUACAUAAAUUAGGUUCAGGUUUUGUUUGACACAUGCCUGGAAAUCCCUUUCCCAUGCAGGCAAGCUGGUCUGCAAGUCAAGAUGAAGAAUGGCAGUAGUUUGUUGACCUACCCAGGGUGAGGGGCAGGGGGAGGCAAGGCUUUCCCCCCCAACUUUGUUUUGUCUUUUAACCCACUGUAGAACUUGCAGAAAGGUUUCUCUGUCUGACUCCCACAUCCAUCACCCAAAGUCUGGCCAGGAAACCUUUGUUUGGUAAGUAGAGUCAGUAAAAUAGGACACUUAGCUUAGAAAAGAGGUCCCAAAAUGUCUGGAUCCAGGGACAUAGUUGGAAAUCUAAAAAACUUGUGGGCACAAAAUGUCCAUUGCCUGGAAGAACAUGCAAUGCUCAGAAACUUCUCCCCCAGCAAUAGGCAAAAAGCCUACACAGUCCCCAGAUGAACAUAAGACAAAACAGGCCUCACAACAAAAAUGCAAAAACCCCUCAUUUAAUAUAUGGGGGGCAUGGGCACCAAAUUGGAGACCCCAGCUGUAGAAAGACUAGAAAAAAGUGUGCCAUAUAGCUCAGUUGUUAGGCAGGACUUGACCAUUAUUGAUGGGCUGCAUGGUGUGCAGGCCUGUGAGUACUCUGCACUAAAAAAAGUUCAGCAUCCCAAGAAGGUAAAUCUUUUAACCUGCAUAAAAUAUGUAUAUUUGCAUGAAAUUUUAUUUUUCAAAUGCUGCUUUAUAUUUUCUAUUUUGCAUAAUGUAUCCUGACUUUGUAAGUAGGCUAAGGAACCACGCAAUCUACUGGAACCUUAACCUGUAGCUACUGGAAAUCUGAGAUUUUUGCAAGCAUUGCCCACACACUUUCAGAGUAUAUCUUCACAGUCAUAAGGGUUGGAAAUUUGCUGUUAUAAAACAUUCUCAGGAAGCUGAACACUGCAUCCCAGGUGACAUGCUAUAUUCACACAGAAUCAUAGCAGUAAUGUGAGACGCAUCAACUGUUGGGGUGGUAGUUGAACCAGGCAGGAGAUAAAUAGCUGCCCUUCUCAACAACAGUCUCUUCCUUUCAGGAGUUCCCCAAUGCUAACCAAGAGUUUUCAGAAGUCCAGUAAAUGUGGGUGCUAACGGAGAUACUUCAAACAAGCCAGCAGUGCAGAUCAGGCAUUUCAAUGUUAGUUGACAACUGUUUCUAUUUUCUACCAGAAAAGUAAGGUGCAGCAGGUAUUCAUUGAAGGGAUUUCUGAUGUUGGCUGGGCUUUAAGUUGCAACAUGCAUAGCUGUGAAAUACGUCACUGAGCUUCCUAGGAAUCACUAUAAGGAAAGAUUCACAAAGGGAAAGGGAGAAUGCUCAGCUCCUACUCUUUAAACUUGAGCAAGUGCAGUGUUUUUGCCAGAAACGGACUACUGUUUGUGUUUUUGUUUCAGGUGGAUGGCUGUUAUUAUAGUAGCCUCUUCUCCUACACACAAGUUUUCCAAGCACUAGAAUCUGGCACAUUUCUUAGGAAUAGCACUGUUGUAUGCAGAUUGGUGCAAAGAUGCGGAAUCCAUCCAUGUUGGUUUCCUUCCCCUUUUAGAGCUGCUAGAUGUAGCCUCAUCCAGUGGAUCUGGAGGACCUUGCCAUUUGAAAUGUUGUAUAAUUUAGUGCAAGAAAAGAAUGAGUUGUAUCUUAUGUUCCUUUCUGGGGUUUCAUCAGCUGAACUCUUUCUGACUACUCUUCUGGAUAUGCUUUUGCAGUUCCAUAAAGUCCCUUACUACAGCAGAGAAAUGUGUCCAGCUUCACAGAAUAGCUCAACAUUAGCUGAUUUAUCCCACGUCUUCCAUCCUUUAGUCACAUCCUUUGUUCUUUUCUCCUCCUAAUUUGAAAGCACUUUCUCUUGGUGCGGCCACAAAAGUAGAAAGGAAUGUUAAUGGUGUGAGUUGCUAAAUAAAUGCAUUUAUUAAGCUUGUUUCCAGACUAACUUUUUAAAAAAGUUUUGAAAUAAUAAUGGGAACUGCUCCAACAUAACUUCAGUUUAGUAAGGCUGUAUUUGCAGUUGAACAUGGACUAAAUAUUUACAUUAAACAGCUGACAUUUGUGAACCAUUUUUAACUCAGCUUUGUGUGAGAUGAGCCCCAUUAAAAUAACAUUUUCCCCCAAGGGCAAAAUAACAAGUACUAGUGCCUAGAAGUAAUCUCCUAAAGUCUUACAAAACUGGAGGAAGAAACAGAAAAAGUGAAAGAAAGCCAGCCAGAGAUUUCAUGGUUGUGUGUAAUCUCAUGCAGUUCCUAGGCAGUCAAAUUCACAUCCAUCUUGCACCCGUUCUCCCCGGACCCAGCCAUACUGGGAUGGCUAUGCACAUGAUUAUGUAUUUUGUGGUUUUACAUUUUGAUUUUAUUCUGUGAACUGCCCUGAGAUCUCUGGGUAUAGGGUGGUAUAUAAAUUCAAUUAAUAAUGUGAACUAGGUUAUUAAGCCCAGUGGAGUGAAAAAGACCCAUAAAAGACACUUGUCCCUCAGCUAAAUGUCUAGCAGUUUAUUUAUAUACACAUAGGACUUUUUAUACACAACAGGAGAGCUAGGGAUGCAGUGUAUGGAGUACAGAUACUGUUAUUUCUCAUGCCCAAAAGCUUGACUUGGCCCAACAAAAUGGCACUGGAAUAGACUAUGAAAAAUAUACAAGAAGUUUGUAAUGCAAUGCUGCGUCCCUCCCAGACAAGUCAAAAUGGACAGAUAGGAACCAUUCCUGUAGGGUGCAGUACUGCUCCCUGCUCUCAUAGUAACAUUUCUUCCCUUUCUGGCAGUUCUCAUAGAGACCAUUCUGCACCUAGACUUUUCAAAGUAUAAAAAACAACAUUUUGCUCCUGAGAUAAGCAUGCAAUAGUAAGUACAAAUACAACCAACCAAAGUCUGAACCUGACUUGGAUGACUCUUUCCAGACUUGCUGUAAAACAAGCAAAAUACAUAGGCCUAUAGUCUCUCUCCCCACAGUCAAAAAGCAGUCCAUGAAACCACCAAAGCUUGUCUCUCCUUUUAAACCCAAAUGGUCAUAAUAUUCUGUGGUGACCCUUUCACAGCAAGCAAUAAAAGCAGGUUCCCUUGCACUUGUGCAGAGCAGCAUAUGCCCCCAGGUUGCACCUCCACAUUUUUAUACCAAUAGCAGCAAAAUGUGUAUUCAGGUGCACUCCAAGGGUUCAUGGCAAGUUGCUGGUGUAACUCUCGGUGAGAUAACUGGCUAGCUAAAGCAUCUUCCCCCCAAGCAGAAACUAGUAUUUCUGACCUAAAACUACACCAUCAAACCCAACCUGUAAGCAGCAGGCAGGCAGGCAGGCAGGCAAAUGUGAUCUGGUCUGAUUUGUGGUUUGGUCCUCUGAAGAGGGGCAGGAUUGAUAUGGAAACAUAGCUGCACGUGUGUUAGGCUAGGGAAAUUGAAACUGACAUUCAGCCUCUUUCAACAGAAGCCCGGCUACAUUUCUUCCACAGACUUCCUUCAGGUGCAGGACAGAUAUGGUUAAGAGUUGAAUACCUUCCCCGCGUGACACACAGUGGGCCUUCUUUGGGGUCAUCUAGACUGAACAUUAUCCAAAGUGCAACUCUCCAUCAUUCAUAGGGAAAUAUUUGAGCCGAUAUUUCUGAAAUGUCAUGCAGCAGGUCCAGGCUACAAAGGUGCUAGUAAAGAGAAGGUGGCUCCUAUUCCAACUGAAAGGGCAAGAUCAGUUAUUGACAAAAAGCACAGUGCAGUAAUAACCUCUAGGUGAGGAGGAAGAGACACUUUCAAGGCAGCAGCUGCCGCCAAUACAAAAUAAAUCCAAGUGCUUAUCUGGUGAACUCUCAUUUGGCCCUUAAUGAAAAGGAACCCCUUACAGUGUGCAUUCACCAACACUAGCAGUUCCUAUGUAUUGCUAGAGAGAUAGCUGGCUAUGUAUUCCAGAAGGCUGAAAAGCUGAUUCAUCAUCUACAUGAAGGCAACUACACAGUACGUGCAAAGUCCUGCUAAAGGAAUCAACACUACUGGACAUAAAGUGUCAGCAAGCUGUAAGGGCAACAAACAGGAUGUGCUGCUCCAGGAGGAACAGACUGGAAGGAUUAUUUACAUGAGUGUCCAGCAGAGGACCUGAAUGUAUACAAUGCAUACAAAAUGGCUUUGUUGGACCCAGCGUCCAGAGCAGCACCUGCUUUACAAAAGCCGUAUGCUCAGUCUCUCACCACUCACUCACUCAUUUUAAUGAGCUAAAAACUACUAAAAAGCAACAUCCCAGUCUGAAACUACAGGUGAAAGGAGUCAAGUUGCUUUAUGUUUAGUUCCUCAAAGCUAACCCCAUGUCAUCUUCAGCUAUUUUAUUUUGCAAAAUUAUUCUAGAGAACUUCAUGACACUUGCAAUAUAGCUUCCAGUUCUGUAACAACACCUCUAAAAUGAAAUAAUAAGCCUAAUUAUCUUGAAGGAUUUUACAGAUAAUGAGGUAGAACAGGGAAGUGGCAUGUUUGCACGAUUGCGUCCAAUGACAGGUGCCUUUAUGGCAAGGUGAAUGGCUGCAGUGUAACAACAAAUGCUGGGUCUACCUCUGUAAAUACAUUGCCCCAUUUAUAUAUCAAAACAGAGUGGGACAAUGUACUGUACAAAAGCCAUUAGACAAACAAGCUUGUUUUGGGUAGAUUCAAUUCAUUCUGUUUCAGGGCAGAAGAGGGCAAAGGGGAUGCACUCAAACAUGUGUGACCUGCUUGCCUGAGACCCGAGACCUUUUUCUCUGGCAAGAUGCAAGUCUGAAGAAACAGUUAACCAAACAGUUGGAAGGAGAGCUGCUGAAGGCAAAUAUUCUAGUUCAUACCUUCUGCUCUGUCAUGUUUUACUUGGUGCCUUUUAGAAGGCACUUUUACUCUGCAGAGUUGCUUUCAAUCAAAAGCAAAUGUCAAGCUGCAGAAACUGAUUUUUGCUGCAUGCCCAAAGGGAUGGCUUAGAAAUAACUCUCUGCAACGAAAUCCAUUUAAAUUUAUCUGCCCUGACAGCAUGGGUACUUCUCUAACAAACCCUCUAGAUGCUUCCAUACAGAGUUUUGCCAGUACAUCUCAAUUUCAGCUACUCUAACACCAACAGACUACACACAAGCACGUGUGUGCACAUGCAGGCACAAACAGCCCUGCAAGAGGCAACAUACAGGCUUGCAUCAAACAGAGGAGCAUGUUAGUCAAAUUAGUUCAAUUUGUACUCUGAGCUGGUGGCAAGCAGACCUCUACUAGGAAAAGGCAAAUCCCUUCAGACAUGCAAGGUGCUCAAGUAUGAAGAACAGUCACAUCCACGUCCCGUUGCUUAACUUGAAGUUAAAGAAAUGAACUUGGAAAGCUUAUUGCUAUUGAACAAGACUGUGCUUUGCAGUUACGCUGUCUGAAAACUAACCACAAUGCUAAAAUACCAACAAAACCAAGUCCUUUAAUAUUUUUGGUUCCUUACGGAGCAAACAGUUAUUAGCAACAUGAAAACAAAACCUGGCAACAGGAAGGAAAAAUGCUAUUUACAAGCUCUGGAACUUAUGAUGAGAAGUUCAGAAUGGUCCAGAUUUUUUUUAAAUGAAAAAAAAAAUCAAAAUGGUGCAAUCAUUAGAACAGGAAGAAGACGACUCUUUAGAGUGAUUUUCUGUAUUUUCAGUGUUACUUAAGCAGCUGGUAGAGGGAUAAAGAUUACAAAGUUAAAAACAAUAUUGAAAGAUCCUGUUUAUCCAAAACAAUACCAAAAUUUUGAUGCCUCAAAACCAUUCUGAAGACUUCAAAAGCUAGGCUCAACAGAAAGCAAACCUGUUCCCUUAAAUUCUGGGAAUCAAAGAUAACGUUGGGGAAAUGGCAUUGCUCUUUUCCCUGUGAAAAUGCCUCUCGUUACAGAGGCAAUAUCUAAUACUAAUUUCUAAAUUGGUCAAUGCACAACGGUUGCUCCCCCACCUGCCCUUCAGAACAUUCAGCACUGAGUCAACUGCAAAUACCUGCUGGCACGAGAGGGGGUUCCAUCAGCAGCUCCUUGAUGAAAGAACCAAUACUUUCAAGACAAACCAGUGAAGUUCAUACUCGCCCAAAAGGGAGGCAAAGAUUCAGCACAGGAGCUUUGGGGCAAAUGCUACCCCAUUACAAGAGCAUCUAGUAGUAGAGGUUUACGACAAUUGUGGUCAACUUUAAUGCCUUGCCAUUAGUUCCCUAUGGUAGUAAAUCACCUCCCCAACAAAGUGCAUGCCCAAGAAGUCGAGUGCAUUUGUGUAUACUAGGCCUGGUCCUAAUUAGAGCAACUAGCCUCCAAAGUCCAUAGAACAGCACUUAGGGCCACCACUGCCACCAAGAACUGCAAAUUGUGAUUAAUCACGCAGUGAACUAAUGCUGUCAAGAUUAAUGCUACAAGCCACCAACACCUCAGCCCACGCAACAGAAUCCCAUAUACGUAUGUGGGGCCAGAACGUGGCACAGCUGCAUUCAACCCGUCACAAAGUGGAGGAACAAGGCUGGAAACACCAAUUCCCUGAGGUGAAAACAAGCACAGGUGGCAAUACAUUAAAAGCCAGACAGACGCUUCCCUCCACAAAUCAGGACAGUUUCUGAAAAUAAAGACGCCUACUUUUCUCAUCAAUUACCCCACACAAGUAUUUUAUUAUUGUGGGCGGAACAUGUAUGGAAGUGUGCUGUCUUGCUAGGAAGCCUCCCUGGAAGGAAGGAAAAAGGAAAACUGCAACGAAAUAUGGUGCUUGUAUCUGAACGAGGUCAGAAAAGAGACUAUUUUAUCUACAAAAUGGAAAGACGCAUGGGUGGGGUGAGGGGGAGUUGGCACCUGAUAAACAUCAUUAGUUUCACAAAAGCAGCAAGGGAUCAACAUGAAUAUGCUAUUAACACUAUCCUUAGCCAGCUGAACUCUCCCAUGAAGUUCUUGACCAAGACAGCAUUGUGAACACCUGACUGGGCCUUUCUGGAAUUUGGAGAGUUUCUAUCAAUGUGCAGGAAAUGGUGAAGGGAGGUAGGCCAGCUUCAUCAAUGGGGUGCAAAGCAAAACCAUUAAAGCACUGCACUAGUUUUCCUUUGGUCAUUUAUUUCCCCAUUUGGGAUGAUCUGAUAAUGCCCAGAUUGGAGAAGAUAAAUGAAGUAUCAUCUGUACCCUCUAGAAGAGUCUCUCACAUCUGCUCAGGGGCAGCAACAGCAGAGAGGAGUAUGUGCAAAUCAUGUGCCUCGAUCAGCCCCAUAAGUAAUGUUAGCUUGUAUCUGAAUGCCCUUUCCAAACAAAAGAAGAGAGGUUCAAACCACUGGUUCUCGAUGGAAGGCUGACAAGGAAGAGGGACACUGGAAUCCCAAAAUCUACACCACUAGACCAUCACCCCUCUUCUUUCCCAUGGGGUCAGUCUCCACAUUCCUAACAGACAUGAUCACAGGGCUGUAUUGAACAAAUGCAACGCCCUAGAUAUAAAUGCCCAAUACUGGGGUCCAUGGGGUUUGUUUCUCCUGCAAGAAGUCCAGGCCAGGAUAGUCAAAGCCAUUUUGCCAGGAUCGUCCAGGAUAUUGUGUCCUUUGAUGUUAAACACACUGGAGCAACAGAAUAUUUUCAAAGCAGCAGUCUGCUUUUUCUGUAGGGGUGGUGGUCCUGUCUGUUUCUAUCAAUGAGGGACAAACUUGAGGAGCCCAGCCCAAGGCUACUGGUUCUCAUCCCGCAUCUGUUCCAUUAUGUUGAUAAGGCUCUCUAGUCCAAACACAUACCCCAUGUCAGGGCCAUCAUGUACAGUGGGAUCAUCUCGAAAGCCUUUGAAUGUGCUGUGUGCAAAGUCUAUCAUACGUACAUCUACCUUGGGCUGGAAACUGACUGCCUCUGUGCUGCUGGCAUCUUGUAGGCUCUCUGGGAGAGAGAUGUCCACUUGUUUCAGGCGCAUCUCUGCCCUGCGCUCCAUAUAUGUCUCCGACCGGUUGUCCUUCCCAUCAUAGAUGAUGAGCAAGGAGCUGGAGUAGAAGCGAUAGGAGGCCUGCCUCUCCAGUACAGACUUCAGGCUUUGCAGUUUGCUAAGGAUGGGCUCAAACAGGUCCUUUCGUAGCUCUACUCCAUUGUGCAGAUACUGGUAGAGGGCAUUGCGAAAACCUUCAAUGGAAAGACCUCUGCCGUAGUAUUUAUUCCUGCACAAAUAAUGGCCUGUAUCCAGCUGAUAUACCUAUGACAGAAAAAAGUCAUACAUUAGUCUACAAAGAACAGUCAAACGUGUACUGCAUGAAGCUACAAAGCAGUAACAAUCAGCUAUGCUUUUCUGCAGUAGCUCAUGGAAGCCUUUGCAUCGUCAUGAGAAUUGUUAAAAAAAGAAGCAUCAAACUAGUUCUAGUCCCUGCUGUGCCAAAUUAAAACAUUACAAGGACUCAGUUCUCCAUAGGUUAGGACACAUUCCAGAGUCAGAACAACCAAAGUGGAGCAGGACUCAAGCACACUUAAAGAGGAAGAAGUAGACUAGCAGCCAAAUUAAAAAUGGUAAACCUCAACAGUGUGCCUUUGUUGUAUCCUCAAAGAAUUCUGAAAGAUUGUACAUUAUGCUGGCAAGGUGUUAAGAUAUGGGUGGAAGCUUGGGUACUCCCUUAUAAGAGAAAAGUCUCUUCAAUUUCCUUCCUAAAUAUGAUACAGUAUAACUGGACACUGUAUAACACCCUGCUGGAUAAAGUGGCCCAAAAGAAAAUUCCAGGCUGGCUAAAUGCCUCGUGUUAAACAAUAAUUGUUUGGAGCACCCUUGUUGCUGAAUAAAACACCCUGAGCAAAAUUAUAAUUAAUAUUACAUUUAUUUAUACCCCGCCUUUUUUCCUGAUGGGACUCAAGGUGGCUCAAGUCACAGAAAUCAACAUUUCCUUCAAAAUAAGUCCAAAUGCCGCUUGAUGCAGAAUCAUGGCUGUCAGUAAAAUUAGUAGGAUAUUUUAAUAAAAGCAAGGUACGUAUUUCAAAUGACCACCAUCCAGCAGGGGGCACCAGCAUCCAUGUUAUGAAGGCAUGCUAAACCAACAGGAGAGUAUCUACAACACUCAAAAGCAAGGGACACCUAUCUGACACCCUGACGAAUGCAGAUGUUCUGUGCUUUUUUUGUGCAAGGUGUCACCACCCAUUUUGAACAAGAGAGCCUCAUACAGUUUCAAGAUUGAUGAAACUUCUGUUCAUCCUUGCCCAUUAGUGGGUUUCAAAUAUAUAUGUAUCUGAGAAAGAGAGAGAUUUUCCUAUGUCCAAGCCUACUAUCCUAAUACUACCUUGGCUCCUCAAGGAUCAGAGGUUAAUAACCUCAGAGUAAGUCUUACACCCCAAGGAGCGCUAUUCCAUUCACUAGCAUGUGAGCACUACCAGGUGAGCUGCCUAUGUUAACCACAGUUCAAAAGCUAAGGAUGCUCACUAUGACACAUGGAGAUUGUUUGCUAUUAAGCAGCUGGUAAUAUUUGCCACCAACUCCACACACCAAAGUGCAGCCCUAUGCUAACAGGGAAGGAAGACAGCAGUCCUAUACCCACUUAUAUUGCAAUAAACCUCAUUAAAAUCAAUGGGAUUUACUUCUGAGUAGAUCUGCAUAGGAGUGCAUUGUAAAUCACUUUAUGCUAAUGACUGCUAAACAUUGCUCCACUCUCUCCCCCACCACCCCCACUUAAUUGCAUACCUGAACAUGGGGGAUAAUGUCACACUUUGACAAAAGAGGGCAGAUAUUGAAGCCUUUUGCAGUUAGUGCUGGAAAGUCUUCAAACCUCUCUAUGAAGACUAGAAAUGUGCAUUUGUGGGAGAGAGACUAUUAUUAUAAAUUACACACACAGCUUUUUUAAAAAGGAAGCAGAGAUUCUCUGUAUUCUAAGCAGUUGCCAAAUACUAUUACACGCCCUCUUGCACAGGAAGGUAUCAGCCUUGGCUAUCAAUCAUGCCACAGAAGUUUUGCUAGCAGCUUAUACGGUACCUGCAUUCCACAAACCCGUACGCCUAGUGUGGCCGAGGUGCUCUGGGCACACUUCUUCAUCUGCCGAGCAGCUUUCUCCUCAGAUGCAUCAUCCCCGUGCUGCCUGGUCCCCAUUUUCAAGUCAAGCACACAGGGAAAUUUGAAAUGGUGUACCACGUUCUCCAGUAAAAGGAAUUCUAAGGAGCCAGUAAAGGUAAAUUUGUUUCUUUAAACUCAGCAUUCCUAGAACUGCUUUGAUUGGUUUCUACAGAAAUUCUAAGACCCCUCUCUUUCAUUCCAGAAAAUGCACUGGUAAAGAUCUUAACUCUGACCAAAAAAAAAGAACAAGACAGGAAAGAACAAAAACAAAUAUAUGAAACCUCCACCCCCAAUGAUAAAAGGAAGAAACAAGCAUUUCAUCUUCAGGGGCAGGGGACAAGCCAAGGAAGAGAAAGCCUAGUUUAAUACCAUAAG